AUGGAGCUUGAAAGAAUCAUUCGAGACACACUGACACGCUUCAUCCACUCCCAUAUCCCUGCAGCAGACCUCAGUGGGAUGGAUGAUGUUUUCUUCUCUUAUAUCACGGGUGUCCUGGAAGAGCUGGGCUCACCGGAGUCCUCUGAGGAGACUUUUGACAUGGACACCUUUGUGGAAAUGAUGGAGGCAUAUAUCCCUGGUUUUGCAGAAAUCCACAGUGGGGAUGUUUGUGAAAUGAUGUUCUCCCUCUCAGAAAGGCUUGGUGAAGCUCGCAACAGAGAAAAACCUGGCCAAAAGGCUGUGGAAAGUGGGAGUGAAGCACCCUCUGAAGACCUGACCAAGGGCCGGGAGCCUGGAGCUGGAGCCUGCAAUGGGGAAAGGCUGUGCACUCCAACAGAUGGAGCUGGGGCACAGGAGGGCGAUGACUUGAAGGAUGGGGUGGAGCUGCUACUGGAGAUGUUCCCGGCCUGUACCGUGAGCCAGGCAGAGAAGGCACUCGCCAUGUCCUUGGGGAACUUGGAGGAGGCAGUGCAGUUAAUUGUGGAGGAGAAGGUGGAAAUUGGCCCAGCAGGUGCAAGUGUGAAGGUACAGUACUCUGAGCUGGCAGCUGAGCAUAGCUGUGUGCCCCAUGUGUUGUGCUACUCACACACCCAUCUUGUCUCCUCCCAGGAACUGGCACGGCCCCGCAGAGCACCCAACCACGAGGAACUAAAACAGGUUAUCUUACAGAAAUACAUGAUGGUGGAUAGUGCAGACGAUCAGAAAACACAUCGGCCAGCUCCACCCAAAGAGGCUCCCAAGAAGUUGAUCCGUUACAUCGAUAACCAGGUGGUGAGUACAAAGGGAGAGAGGUACAAAGACAUCAAGAAGCCUGAGAGCGAGGAGAUGAAAAGAACCUACAUCAGCCUCAAACCAGCCAGGAAGUACAAGUUCCACUGACAGCCAGGUCCUCCUGCUCUUCAGCCUCCCCCUCACCAGCCAGGCAUGGCAGGAUGGACACAUGGCACUAGGGAUGAGUGGACUCCACCACCUGCCACUAACUGGAACUAGCCUGGGAGCCAGGACACUGCUUUCAGCUUCCUCAACUAACCUGGUUGACAAGGAGGAGACUUCUCCCCUUGUGUAGCCGUCCCUCUGCCCCCAAGGGCACACCACAGUGGCUCACCAGGGCCUCAGCCUUCUCUGCUAUUCCUUGCAUGGGAUAUUUUUAGAUCUAAGGUGUGGCUUGUGCUUUUGCAGCAAGCUUUUUACAAGUCUGUGUGCACUGUUGCUUUAAAUUGAGUGCCAGUGUUAAUAAAGAUGAUGUGAGCUGAUGUGUAGU